AUGGCUCGUUCAAGAGGUUCCGGUGGCAGAUCUAGUGGUAGAUCAAGUGCUUUUGGCUCAAGUGGUCAAUCUCGUUCAGCUUCUACUGCUGCCAUGCCUUCCAUGAGCAGACAACAACCUGCUCCUGCCCAACAAUCAAAUGCCUACUCUCAACCUCCUGCUACUACUGCUGCCCAACCAAGGCAACCGGGCAUGUUUGCUCAGAUGGCUUCUACUGCUGCUGGUGUCGCUGUCGGUAGUGCUGUAGGCCACACCAUCGGUGCUGGUAUCACAGGAAUGUUCUCAGGCAGUGGCAGCAACGAGUCAGUACAACAACAACAACAACAACAGCAAAAUGUAGCUCCUAUGAGUGAUCAAGGUUUUGCUCAAGAACAAGUGAAAACUUGCGAUGUUGACGCUAAAAACUUCACUCGUUGUUUGGACGAAAACAACGGUAAUUUCCAAAUAUGUGAUUACUAUCUACAACAGUUGAAAGCUUGUCAAGAAGCUGCAAGACAAUAUUAA